AUGCCUGCCGCUCCUAUCGCAAAAGGUCCAUACCAUCCUCAUUAUUAUAACCAACCUCUUCACCCCCUCAAUAAAGCUAACACCACCAUCGCCAAAUCAGGCGUCAUCAUAAUGUGCGCCGUCCUCGUCGCAGCUGGGUACACUGUCUACGAAAACCGGGAACAAGUCAAGGAACUCGUCGACCGUACCCGUCGCAAGAUUUCUCUGGCAAUGCACACUUUCGCCGAAGAAAUAAUGCCAUCAGAAGGUCCAAGACAAAGACACCAACCCAUGGCUUUCAGCGGUAGAUCACUCGAGUCCUCCGGUCAUAUCCACAGACCAAAUUCUCGGACCCGGUCAAGAAGGAAUUCAACAGAUAGUAAUACCCUCCACGGUGACGACGAAAAGGCAGAGGGUUCUAGUAGAGAUGCAUACCUAGCCGACUCAGCAGUCCGAUACAGACCCCCUUACCCUUACCGCGGUUCCGCCGAGGAUCCAGAGUCCAGCUCAUUAAACGCCAAACCCUCCACCACCUCUCCCUCUCCUUCCCCCUUUGACGACGAAAACCAAGUACUAUUCGAUGCUACAACAGAAGCAGCGCUAGACCAACACAUUAACGAGAAGACUUUAUCUUCAUCACCGGGAAGCGAUACUUCGUCGGAUACUCUGCCGCCUGCGAUGUCCGAAAAGGGAAUCGAGAUGUCCCAUGAUGCACCACCGAUGAUACCUGCCAUCUUACCAACAACAGUUAUCGACCAGCCGCCACCAUUGCCACCAAGACCUUCACAUCCACAGUUUCAGGAAGCACUACCAGUUGUUGCGGCUGUACCAGCCGCGAUAGUAGCACUUCCCCCUCCACCCCCGCCCCCACAAGAAGUAGAGGAAGAAGAAUCAGUGUCUGACGCUGAAGAAUCACACACCACAUUCUCGACCUCGCAGCCAUACUGGGCUAUCCAACAAUGGACCGUAGAUGUCACCAACAAUCCUAACGUCGACGAGGACGAGAACGUCCAAUCUCGUACCCCAUCUAGAGCUUUAAGCGAGGAUGAGGACGACGACGACGAAGAGGAGGAAGACGAACGGUUGACAUUACAAUCGCUUCACUCUCAAUCCGAAACCGUCAGUGUAAUCGGAUCCGACGAAGGAGAAAGCGAAGACGACCGAGUUGAAUUUGUCAGUGAUCUAGCUUCCAGCGUUGGAGAUACAGACGGAUGGAGUGAUCUUGGUAGUCAAUAUAGUGAGGGCGAAGGGAGGAUGUAA